GUUUUUAUGGUCGCUGAUCAUCCAAUGUUGAGCUCACUUGACCAUCUGCCACACCUUUUUUAUGAAAUAUUUCCUCGACUCCACAUUCAUUUCGUGUUACGGCAGUGUGCUGUUCAGUUGCAACUGUUUCAAAAGAGACCUGAUAUUCCGUUUCAAGAUGGCUUCUCAAUGCGUGUCAAAAGUAGAACUCUCCAUCUCGUGCAGCAAUCUCCUCGACAAAGACGUUGGAUCCAAGUCUGACCCACUCUGCGUGCUGCUGCAGAGCAUUGGGGAUGACAAGUGGACCGAGUUGGACCGCACAGAGCAGGUGAAAAAUUGCCAGGACCCCGAGUUCUCCAAGAAGCUGCUCCUGGACUACCACUUUGAGAAGGUGCAGAAGUUGAAGCUGGGUGUCUAUGACAUAGACAACAAGUCUGUCGAUCUGAAGGAUGAUGACUUCCUGGGGGGGUUUGAGUGUACGCUGGGACAGAUUGUGUCCAGCAAGAAGAUUACCAGACCUCUACAACUGAAGAAGGGGAAGCCUGCAGGCAAAGGCACCAUUACUAUUACUGCUGAGGAGAUAAAGGAUAACAGGGCCAUAGUGCUGGAGGUGGAGGCUAAAGGCCUGGAUAAGAAGGACUUGUUUGGGAAAUCUGAUCCAUUCCUAGAAUUCUUUAAGCAAGGAGAUGAUGGCAAGUGGCAGCUGGUUCACAGAACAGAGGUUGUCAAGAAUAAUCUGAGUCCGUCAUGGAAGAAAUUCACUGUGGCUCUGCAAACAUUCUGCAACUGUGACAUGAGCAAACCAAUCAAGGUGCACUGCUCUGAUUAUGAUAGUGAUGGCUCGCAUGACCUUAUCGGUGUUUUCCAAACUAAUGUGUCUGAGCUGCAGAAAGCUGCCCAUGGUUCACCGGUGGAGUUUGACUGUGUCCAUCCAGAAAAGAAGAAGAAGAAGAAGAGUUACAAAAACUCUGGAGUAAUCGGUGUCAAGAGCUGCCAGAUACAGGCACAGUACACAUUCCUGGACUAUGUCAUGGGAGGUUGCCAAAUAAAUUUUACGGUGGGCAUUGACUUCACUGGGUCAAACGGCGACCCUCGCUCUCCACAGUCCCUGCAUUACCUGAGCCCUGACGGUCUGAACCAGUACCUGUCGGCCACCUGGUCAGUGGGCCUUGUUGUCCAGGACUAUGACACUGACAAACUCUUCCCUGCCUUUGGAUUUGGAGCUCAAGUGCCCCCAGACUUCAAGGUAUCCCAUGAAUUUGCACUGAACUUCAACCCAAGUAAUCCUUACUGUCAAGGGGUCCAAGGGAUUGUGGAGGCCUACCGCAUGGCCCUACCUCAGGUGAAGCUAUACGGUCCCACCAACUUCUCCCCCAUAAUCAACCACGUGGCAGGCAUCGCGUCAGGGGCGGCACAGCAGAACAACGCAUCGCAAUACUUUGUCCUGCUAAUCAUCACCGAUGGCGAGAUCACGGACUUGGACCAGACCCGGGAUGCCAUCGUCAGGGCCUCACGGCUGCCCAUGUCCAUCAUCAUCAUCGGGGUGGGCGAAGCAGACUUCAAGGCCAUGGAGCUGCUAGAUGGAGACGACGGCGUACUCAAGUCCCUGAGUGGCGAGCCCGUGACCAGGGAUAUUGUGCAGUUUGUGCCCCUCAGACAGUUUGCCAAUGCCCCUAAGGAAGCCCUCGCCCAGAGUGUCUUGGCUGAAGUGCCCAAUCAACUUGUGUCUUACUACAAGAUGCUGAAACUGGAUCCAGUCAACAUUCCUGCCCCCAAAGCUUAGUGGAGCAAGCAGAAAUGCAGCACUUUGCAUUCCUAGCCACAUGAGGGAGCCAGCACACUCCACCACACAGGGUUUUGAGUAUGCCCACUAUCGGAUGUGAAAAUACUGAAAUUAUUUCUGUCAAUGCUCAUUUUGCCUUUUGAUGCCACUUAUAUUCUUUUUUUCUACAGUCAUAGAUAUUUCUCAUUCUUUGCUGCUUCAGAUAUUCUUCUUUCAUUCCUCUGGAAGUAACAAGGAGUUCAAGAAGGGUGAUGUUAAAAAAUAGUGGAAAGGAGAGCUUUAAAUAAAGCCAAAAUAAUCAUGCAUUUCAUGUAAUGCCGCUUCAAAACAUUUGAUUAAAUAAAGUAGGCUACUCGCGUAACACAAAAGUUUGAACUCCUCGAUCAGAUCAAGAGCGUAAUUGCGUUUUGGUACACAAACUCUGUUUCAGAAGCAGUGCGUUCUGUGUGGCGCAUACAUGGAUUUAUCCAACGUAUGCAUUGAAUUGUAUUUGUAGACUUGACGGAAAUAGUAACAAAAGGUGAAUGUUGAACUUUUGUACACAUCCAGUAAAACGAUUGUAUUAUGUAAUGAAAAAAGUUUGACCGCCAGAAUUGAUUUUGCAGCAUUGCUGCAAUGAUGCUGUAGGUCUGAUCAAGGUGUUACAUCUUCAUAAUAAUAAUAAUGGCUACAAAUGCUUAGCUUGCACCGCACGUUACAUGUUUCUAAAGGCUUCUGUAUGCUUUGGUUCAGCCGAAAUUGGCUCGGUGAACCGAACGAGUGUGCUUGCAUACUCCCUUAAAAGACCUUCGCUUGAGAAAAAAAAAAGCAGUGAUAGUACUGUUUGUCCAACUUGAGACUCUGUAGCCAGUAUACACUUCCUCAAAAUAGUCAGAAGUAAUCUAAGAUAACUGAAGAAAUCUGUCAUACAUUUUUACUUUGUUGAAUGACUGAGCGUAGCCUAGUGGUUAAAGCAUUGGACUAGUAACGGAAAGGUUGCAAGAUUGAAUCACCGAGCUGACAAGGUACAAAUAUAUCAUUCUGUCCCUGAACAAGGCAGUUCCUAGGCUGUAAUUGAAAAUAAGAAUUUGUUCUUAACCGACUUGACUAGUUAAAUAAAGUUUUUUAAUUUUAUUAUUAUUAAAAUUGACAAACAUUACUGUUGACCAAUGACUGGCGAAGGGGUGUACGGCUACCGAAAUUCAGCUUGCCUCAAGGUUUAUUUUGUGUGCGAACAGACAAAUGUCAAUGCCGUCCUAAUAUAUGCACGAACUAUGCCAAACUGUUUCGGAUAGGAAGCAUGCGGACGCCUUUUGUCUCGUGUGGCCAGCCUUUCAAAUCCCGUAUCUUCAGAUUUGGAUUUUUGAGUUUGAAGUGGCUGCAUUUGUUUUGUAUCUUGUUCAUGUGUUGCAAGUCAGAAUCUCUUUGGAACUAUACCAAACUCCAAUUUAGAACCUCAGACUUUAACACAAUGUGUUUCUUAGCAGAAUUUGUUGAGCAGUGGCAUAGUGUGUUUGUAGCCAACUUUUUUUUUCGGGUAUACUUUACUUUAUUUCAUCUUUAUUUUCAUUGCAAAGACGCUUCCUCCGUUAUAGAGGUUAGUCAGGGUGAUUCUACGUUAUCAGUGCCAACAUCUUCAUUUCCUAAUUGUGUUUGUUAUAUCUUGGCCAUUAUCAUUCCACCACUCAAACUUGAAUACUUGUGCAUGGCCUUUUGCACUGCUUAUUAUCCUUUAUGCAAUGUAGGUUUUUUCAAUAGUGUAUGUCACAUUAUGAGAGCUGGUAUUAUACACCACCUUGCACUUAAUAUGCUUAGUGUAUGUCACAAAUUCCAAAAUGUAAACAUAACUGGAGACAGUCAUUUUUGGAGGCAUGACGCUACAGUAUAGGUAGGAAUAGGAUUGGUAGCUAGCUAACUCUAAAUCAAUCUAUAAAACUCUAGCGAGCUAACUGAAACAAACUGAUGUGGCUCCAGUAAUGUUCACAUUUUGACGUUUGUAACGUAUCCAAUUUAGAAUGGUAUUCUCAUGCUGGAGAUUAAUUAGAAAUGUAUGCUUUUGAUGUUAGAUGCUUUUGCCUAUUCUAUUUUCUCCCUAAAACAAUGGAAACUAAAAUGAUAGAUUUGAGAAUGUAAUGUUUAUGUAUUUACAUUAGGGGGUCGUUCCCACAUGUCCAUAUCUUGGUCAUUGAUUCAGACAAAGUCUUGAUUUUGAUGCAAUUUGAAAGCAUACAAACAGGGUUGUAAUUUUUACACCUUUUUGACGUCAAUUAACAAAACAUGUUUUUCUUGUGUUAUGCUGUAGUUUAUACCCUAUUUCACAUCAAAUUAGGUGUUUGUUAUGCCCACCAUACUAUUUAAAUACAGUACAAUACUAAAAUGUGAAUUAAAAUGUAACAUUUCAACUCCAAAUGGUACCAUAAAAAUUGUUGCAGAGAAUGUUGACUUGAAUGGGAAUUUCCAUUGUUUUAAAUAAUAUUGUCAAUCUUCUAUAGCAGGGGUAUUCAACUCACCCUACGAGGUCCGGAGCCUACUGGUUUUCUGUUAUACCUCAUAAUGAAUUCCACACACCUCCUGUCCCAGGUCUAAAUCAUUCACUGAUUAGAGGGGAACAAUGAAAAAAAUACAGUGGAACUGGCUUUGAGAUCCAGAGUUGAGUUUGAGGGUUCUAUAGGAAACGUGUUGAAAUCGUAGAAAAAUAUAGAUGAUCGAAUAACUCCUCAAACGAGAAUCCAGGUGUGUGUGAAAUCAAUUCCGGUAGAACAGAGAACCAGCAGGCGCCGGACCUUGUAGUGUAUGAGUUGAGUACCGCUGGAAUAGACAGUCCCAUUCAACGGUGAGAGGACCGGCAGCAGUCUUUGUGGUUAGUAGUUUGACAUUAAAAUGUCAAUACCAGCUAAGUUGUAGUGGUCUGAAGGGAUAGGUCCAAUCUAGGAAUUCUAUUUCUCUGAUUGAAAUUACACUCCCUGUUAUCAAGUGUGCUGAUGGUGGGGACAACGAACACCACAGAUUUUGUAAAAUAGGGUCUCUGCUACAAUAUGUGAAUAUGAAAAACUUAGUGAGUUGAAUGGACUAUUAUUGAUGAAAUUUUAUUUUAAACAACUUUCUACAGUGAGACGACCUAAUGAUGGCUGUUUUUCAAAGGGGUCUCUGUAUUUCCGAAAUGUGGUGUGCAAUUAUAAUUAAGACAAAUGUUCUAUUAUGUUUUUAUUUUAUUAUUUACGAAAAUUAGUUCUCUGCCAUGAAUCUGGUUUGCUUUAGUAAUGUGCUUUUGAGGCCAAAGUGGAUUUGGGUGUAAUCUACACAUUUGAACAGAAUCUUAUUUUAUUUUUUUGUUCUUGCCCCACAUUGUUUGGGUUACUACACAGGGCCAUGGGCUUGGUUUUGUGUUUGUUAUACAGCAAGACUGAUGGCAGCAUUUGUGCCAUUUAGAUUAGAAAAAACACUAACUUAAUGCCAAACAGUUGUGUUAUGAGAUUUAAUUUAACUAAAUUAAGGAGCCAACACAAAUAAUAUAAAAAUGAAAUAUCAUUGUAAUUGUAACCAAGAGACCUUAUCUAAGCCUAGCCAUACCAACAUUCAGCCAAUUAUAUUUAGGAUGCUUUCGUUUUCACCCUUUCUGAAAUAUAGCUUUUUGCAACAUGUCUUUUGCAUUCUGAUAUAAAUACAUAUUUCAAAAUGA